AUGAGUCGUUGGAUUCAAGACGGAGACAAUGUGGACAUAACCAAUGAGCGUAAAAAGGGAACUUUUGAUACUGAACGUAUGUCAGCGUGGAUUCAUGGCGGACCAGAAGUUCUCAAGCGUCGUCGCGAAAUUCUUAGCUUUGUCAAGUCAAUUGACGACUUCAAAGAUCCCGUGCCAACAGAAUUUAUGUCUCGUGAAGAGAGGAUUCUGAAUAAUGCUCGGAAAGUUGUGGCGAUGACGGAUAACACGGAUCAGAUUGAUGGAUCCGACUUUUUUGGAGAAGGAAUGUAUUAUCAAGCAUUGACAAUGGGCCGUGAUUUGCAUGCCAUGUCUCUUCAUUAUGUCAUGUUCAUUCCUACUCUUCAAGGUCAAACCGACGAUGAGCAACUUGACGAAUGGCUUACCAAGGCAAUCUCUCGUGCAGUGGUAGGAACUUAUGCUCAAACUGAGCUCGGGCAUGGAACAAAUCUCUCGAAGCUGGAAACUACAGCCACCUAUGAUUCGGCUACAGAGGAGUUUGUUUUGAAUUCACCCACUAUCACUGCAGCCAAAUGGUGGCCUGGAGGCUUGGGCAAGUCGUCCAACUACGCUGUGGUUGUUGCACAGUUGUACACAAAGGGAGAGUGCAAAGGACCACAUCCGUUUAUUGUUCAACUCCGCGAUGAUGAAACUCAUAUGCCAUUGAAGGGAAUCCGUUUGGGGGAUAUUGGACCAAAGCUUGGUAUUAAUGGAAAUGACAAUGGGUUUUUGUUAUUCGACAAAGUUCGCAUCCCAAGAAGAGCACUUUUGAUGAGAUACGCUAAAGUGAAGCCAGAUGGAACUUAUGUGGCUCCGGCUCACUCGAAGUUGGGCUAUGGAACCAUGGUGUUUGUGAGAUCUAUUAUGAUUAAAGAUCAAUCAACACAGUUGGCAGCCGCAGCAACAAUCGCCACUAGAUAUGCCUCUGUCAGACGACAAGGAGAGAUUUCUCCAGGAAAAGGAGAAGUACAAAUCAUUGACUAUCAAACCCAGCAAUUCCGCGUCUUCCCUCAAAUGGCUCGCGCAUUUGCUUUCAUGGCAGCCGCCACUGAGAUUCGUGACCUCUAUAUGACUGUCACCGAGCAGCUCACUCAUGGAAACACCGAACUACUGGCCGAGCUCCAUGUUCUCUCCUCAGGUCUAAAGUCAAUCGUUUCCUGGGAUACCGCACAAGGAAUUGAGCAGUGCCGCUUGGCAUGCGGUGGUCAUGGAUAUUCCCAGGCGUCUGGUUUCCCAGAAAUUUAUGGAUACGCAGUUGGAGGAUGCACCUAUGAAGGAGAGAAUCUUGUGAUGCUUCUUCAAGUGGCUAGAUUCCUGAUGAGAGCUGCCGAAGGUGUCAGAAAAGGAAGUGCCAAACUUGCUGACAUAGGAGCAUACAUCGGAAAGACUGGACCUAAAACCUCCCGCCUAACCACACACUACCACUAUACUGAUGCUGAUCUGGUGGCAGAUUUGGAGCAUGCUGCUCGAAAACAAGUGUUCCGAGCAUACGAUCGUUUGAAGAAGGCCCAAGAGCACCUUAGUCCAGAAGUUGCCUGGAACUCGGUGUCAGUUGAACUCGCAAAAGCAUCCAGAUGGCAUGUGCGUGUCUACCUGGUCAAGAACUUCUUGAACAAGGUUGCUCUGGCUCCUCAAGAUUUGAAAUUCGUGCUCACCGAUGUUGCUAGACUCUAUGCCUACGACAUUAUCACAUCUUCAAUUGGAGCAUUUUUGGAAGAUGGAUACAUGAGUUCAAAUCAAAUGAAUGAGGUCAAAGAGGGAAUUUAUGAGUGCUUGGCAAAGAUCCGUCCAAACGCUGUUGCAUUGGUUGACAGCUGGGAUUAUGAUGACAAAGAGUUGAAAUCAGUUUUGGGUAGACGUGAUGGAAAUGUGUACCCGGCUCUUUUGGAGUGGGCUCAAAACAGUCAGCUGAACAGAUCAGAUGUGUUGCCAUCGCAUACAAAGUAUUUGGGUCCAAUGAUGAAGGAUGCUCGCUCAAAAUUGUAA